AUGACCAUGCAAAUCUCCAUCCUGGCUCUUCUAGUAUUCUUAUUAACCCUAACCCGUCAUCAACAUUGUAAAAGCCAAGUAGUAGUAACAGACAAUGACUUGAAAUAUGGAGCUUCAUACAUCUUCGGCGAUUCACUAGUCGAUGCAGGCAACAACAAUUAUCUCUCCACUCUUUCCAAAGCCAAUAUCCCUCCAAAUGGAAUCGAUUUCAAACCAGCCGGCGGAAACCCUACUGGACGUUACACCAACGGCAAAACUAUCGGAGAUAUCAUCGGAGAAUCGCUAGGGCAACCACAUUUCGCGGUGCCGUAUCUAGCACCGAAUACUACCGGAAAAGCUCUAUUAUACGGAGUGAAUUAUGCUUCUGGAGGUGGUGGGAUUAUGAAUGCAACUGGAAGAAUAUUCAUCAAUAGACUUUCAAUGGAUAUUCAAGUGGAUUAUUUCAAUAUUACGAGACAACAGAUCGACAAAUUGUUGGGUGCAUCUAGGGCUAAGGAUUACAUCAUGAAGAAAUCUAUCUUCUCGAUCACAAUUGGAUCAAAUGAUUUUCUCAACAAUUAUCUUCUUCCUGUUCUUUCCAUUGGAGCUAGAAUUUCAGAAACUCCAGAUGGGUUCAUUGAUGAUCUUAUCAAUCAUCUCAGAGAUCAACUCAUGAGAUUGUAUAAACUCGAUGCAAGGAAGUUCAUAAUCGGAAACGUUGGACCAAUUGGUUGUAUUCCAUACCAAAAAACAAUAAACCAGUUGAAGGAAAACCAAUGUGUUGAAUUACCAAACAAGUUGGCAAUUCAAUAUAAUGUAAGAUUGAAAAACUUGUUAAAGGAAAUGAAUGGAAAGAUGGCUGGAGCCAUGUUUGUUCAUGCAGAUGUGUAUUCUCUAGUGAUGGAACUCAUCACAAACUAUGCUAAAUAUGGUUUCACUACUUCUAGUAGAGCAUGUUGUGGAAAUGGAGGCCAAUUUGCUGGCAUUGUUCCUUGUGGACCGACAUCUAGCAUAUGCUCCGAUCGGAACAAACAUGUGUUUUGGGAUCCUUAUCAUCCGAGCGAAGCUGCUAAUAUUAUUAUUUCUAAGCAAUUGCUUCAAGGUGACCCGAAAUAUGUGUCGCCCAUAUCUCUUCAGAAGCUACGAGAUCUUUGAUUUCUUUCGCAA